CUAAUAUUUAAAGAAUCUUGUUCAUUUAGUUUCUCCACUCCAGCCUGUGUCCUGCUGAGAGCUUUCUGCAUGAGAUAAAAUGUGUGGAAAGAUCUCUUUCUGCCUCCUGGUUUCCCUCCUGCUGACGGUGUCCUUGGCGGCCCCACAUGAUCAUGAGGACCAUUCAGCAGAUCACCAUCAACAUCUCCACCACGGCAAGGAUGAACCUCACCCCAGCCACGAUGGAGAUGAUGACUUAUCCAGCAGACUCACCCCUCACAAUGCUGACUUUGCCUUCUCCCUCUACAAGAAGCUGGCCGGCCUUCCAGAUGUUCAAGGCAAGAACAUCUUCUUCUCUCCACUGAGCAUCUCCAUGGCUCUGUCCAUGCUGGCCCUGGGAGCCAAAGGUGAAACCCACUCACAGAUCUUCAGCUCCCUGGGCUACAGUGCUCUCACCCCUGAUCAGGUCAAUGAAGGUUAUGAGCACCUUUUUCACAUGCUGGGCCACAGCCAGGACACCAUGCUGCUGGAGGCUGGAAGUGCUGUAGCCGUCCGAGAAGGCUUCAAACCUCUAGACAAGUUUCUAAAGGAUGCUCAGCAUUACUACCAAGGGGAGGCCUUCAGUGUGGACUUCUCCAAACCUGAAGUCGCUGUGCAAGAAGUCAACAAGUACAUCGCCAAGAAGACCAAAGAUAUGAUCACUGACAUGGUCAAGGAACUGGACCCAGACACUAUGAUGAUGCUCAUCAACUACAUGUAUUUCAGAGGUAAAUGGAAAAUUCCUUUUAAAACGGGGAGAACCACAAAAGCCGACUUCCAUGUGGAUGAGAAGACCAACGUGACUGUGGACAUGAUGGGGAACACAGGUUUUUACAAAUUCUAUGAUGACCGAAGUAACUUCUCUUCGAUCAUCAUGGUCCCCUACAAAGGUAAAGCUUCCAUGAUGAUUGUUCUACCUGAUGAGGGAAAAAUGCAGGACGUGGAGAAGAACAUCAACAAGGAACACCUCAAGUACUGGUGUGACAGAUUACAAAGAAGUUACGUGGAUCUGUUCAUGCCCAAGUUCUCCACCUCUUCCGCUUUUUCACUUGCGGACACUAUGAAGGAAAUGGGAAUAGUUGAUGCGUUCUCAGGCACCGCAGACUUCACUGGGAUCACUGAGGCGAAAAACAUGAAGGUUUCCAAGGUCCUCCAUCAGGCCGUCCUUAAAGUUGAUGAGGAGGGCACCCAUGCAGCUGCUGCCACCACCAUAGAGAUGGUACUUAUGGCUUUGCCAACCAUGCCACUCCCCAUGAAGCUCAACAGACCCUUCCUGACCUUUAUUGUGGAUCACAGCACCGAGAGCAUCCUCUUCAUGGGCAAGAUAACCAAUCCCACCGCAUAGAGGCAGCCAACUCCCACCCACACCAGCAGACCCAGAUGUUUGUUGAAGCACCUUUAUUUCAACAGACAGCAGAUCGAGCAGAUGCCAUUCUGUUAAAGAUGUUUAAUGUGGGUCUGCAUAUGAAGAUAACAGUGAUCAAAGUGUUGGGCUAAAUAAAAAGCUUUUUCAAUCCAUU